AGCGGCCGGGCGACACACAGCAUGGAGCGCGUAGCGAGGCAACACCAGCAGCAGCAGCAGCACGUGGUGGCGCACUGGCGCAAGGCGCCGCAGCCGCUGCCCGCCGCCGGCACUCUGCAAGAGCUGGCGCAGCAGCUGCACGCCGCCUUCCAGCACGACUCCGUCAACGUGGAGCACGUACAGGCCCUCAUGGAGGCCUACCGCAGCGACCCCGCGCACUGGAAGAAGUUCGCCAAGUUCGACCGCUACAGGUACACAAGGAACUUAGUGGAUGAAGGAAAUGGUAAAUUUAACUUGAUGAUCCUAUGUUGGGGUGAAGGACAUGGCUCAGCCAUUCAUGAUCAUGCAGAUGCACAUUGUUUCAUGAAAGUGUUACAAGGUACCCUCAGUGAAGUGAGAUUUGCAUGGCCUGAAAAAAACAUUGAAGAAGGUGAUGAAAUAAUGGAUGAAGAUGGGGGACUGAAAGAACUUUCAAGAACUGAGCUUGGUCUGAAUGAAGUAUGCUAUAUUAAUGAUUCACUGGGUCUUCAUCGAGUUGAAAAUCCAAGCCACACAGAGCCAGCUGUUAGUCUUCACCUCUAUUGUCCUCCAUUUGACACAUGUUCUGUAUUUAAUCAGAGAACUGGAAAAAGGACACAAUGCAAUGUUACAUUCUGGUCAAAAUAUGGAAACAAAACCAGCAAGGAUGAACAAGGACAUUUCAUAGAGGACAACUGAAAAUGUUAUAUUUUAUGUGCAAGAAACUUUAUUUUGGAUGGAAAUUCAGUUACUAUUUUGUGUAUGAAUCAAAAUCAAAACUCAGAAUUUCAGGUGGGAUAUUGCGUGUAGAAAGUAUACCAAACUGUAAAUUCCAGAAUUAUUGCUGAAUUUCAAAUUCAAACAUGGAAGUCUCCUUACUUAAGCUAUACACUGCACAAAUGUAAAUGUAAAUGUAUAUACAUACUAUGUCAAUAAAUUAAACUUAUAUCUUUUA